AUGGAAGCUCUUCCUAAUCUUCAAGUACUUAUAUUGAAGUCCAACAAGUUUGAUGGUAACAUGUCGUUGGCUUCACGAAGCAACCUUCCAUUUCAAAAGUUGCAAGUUUUAGAUAUAUCUGACAAUGAAUUUGUGGGGUCUCUCCCUCAAACAUAUUUCAAGAACUUUAGAGCAAUGAUGGAUGUGAAGGAAAAUAAGACAGAUCUAAUUACAAGUAUUGAUUAUUUUCUAAGGUAUGUGGAGAUGAGAAUCACCUUGAAAGGCUUGGAUCAGUUAUUGAAGAGAUUGUUGGAAGACUUUACAAUCAUUGACUUAUCCUCCAAUAAAUUCUCUGGGACUAUUCCACGUUUCAUAGGUAAUCUUAAUUCUUUGAGAUACUUGAAUUUGUCGCACAAUAAUCUCAUGGGACACAUACCUGCAUCUCUUGGAAAUAUAAGUGUGCUUGAAUCAUUGGACUUGUCAUCGAACAAAUUGGAUGGAAGAAUUCCAAGUGAAUUGACGAGAUUGUGUGGAGUUCCGUUGACGAGAAAAUGCAACGAGGAGAAUGGGCAGCAGAUGCGGCCAAAAGAAGAAGAUGACAAAGAUGAUGAGUAUGGAUUUAUAGAUGGAUUUGGAUGGAGAAGUGUGGUGAUGGGAUAUGGAAGUGGAAUCAUAGUUGGAAUUGGAAUUGGUUGUUGGAUUAUUCGAUUUGGAAGGCCAAGAUGGUUGGUGGAAUUCUUUUUUGGCGUCGGAUAUACAUACAAGAAGAAGAAGAAGAAGAAGAAGAAGACAAGGAAGAGAGCUACUCCAACACAGAGGAGAAGUUGA